CCUGGGGCCUGUUGCACAAAAGUAGAAUUAAGACAUCCGGGAUAAAUGACUCAGCUGAGCUCAAUGAAGCCAAAACAUGUGCGUCCAGGCUUAAUUGGUUGCACAAAGACCAAGCCAGGAUGAGCAGACACGGAUUCAUUAAGCCAGGUGAAACCAAUCCUGGAUAGGUGCGCGCUCACGGCUCACUCAAAUAGACCCCGCCACAGAUCACAGAUUAAUUGAUUUACCAUGGCAACUAGAGCCGCGUACUUUUCCCCGUCGGAAGCACAAAUCCUCAUGGAGGCAUACGAGGAGGUAAAAGAUAUAAUUAAGAAGAAAGGCAACACCGCCACAGUGAUAAAGCAAAGAGAAAAAGCGUGGCAAAGUAUUGCAGACCGCCUGAAUGCAUUAAACAUGAACGGGCCAAAACGGACAUGGCAGCAGGUCAAAAUCAAAUACAAGAACAUUCUGCAGAAUGCAGUGAAAAAGAAUACCCACAGACAAGGCACGGGUGGUGGGUCACCAAAGGCUGACCUUACCCCAGCAGAGGACAUGGCCUUGGAGCUAAAUAAAGGCAGGCCCGUCUUAGAGGGGAUCCCUGGGGGGAAAGAGACGAGCAUAGGUUCCUCCCAAGAUGCCACCCGCUUCAUUCAAGUGUCUGGCAGCACUGUGUUCCUGUUAGAGCCACCAGCACAAGCACCAGACGAUGCUGAUCCAGGUGAAGGCCCCAGUGCAGCAGCAACAGCACAUGAUGGAGACGAUGAUGAUGAGGAGGAGACCAUCUCUCUGGAUUCCAGAAGGCAUGAGGACCCAGAUGCUAUACAGUGGGAAAACCAGCCUGGCAACAUAAGCUCACAAGCUAUCAGAAAGUUGUAUGGCAACCACCUCCGGCGCCAAAUAGAACUGGCAGACAUAGACAUUCAGUACAAGAAGAAAAAGAUGGAAAAUCUUGCACUGGAGUCCGAAAUAAAAAAGAGGACAAUUAGGAAACUGGACCUUGAAAUAAAAAAACUUGAGAGGGAGCUCCAAGAAGAUGACACAGCUCAAAAUAAAAAUUAGCAAUCAGUACAACCAAGUCAUCGUUAUAAGGCAUCGCCCUCUUUUGCCCACCCCCCCAGCACCAGGUGUGGCCACUAGCCUAUAUGAAGGCCCAAAAUUGUGUGUUCCUUUCUGCUCUGACAAUGGCAUGCCCAUUCGUGCGAGAUGUGG